AUGUCCGAUUCGGCCCUCCCAGAACCGACGGCGCUACCAGUGCUGUCCGAUGCGCCCCCGUCCAGCGCCGGUCGCUCGUCCAUCGGCCAUUCGGGGGCUGUCGAGCCGCCCCAGGAGUCCAUCUCCGACGAGCUCAAAGCUCGCUUGGAUAAAAUAAUUUACUCAGAUAUCGGCAUUACCACGCUUCUGGCUCGAUUGAAGCAGAGUGUUGCCUCCGCCAGGGAUUUCUCGACUUUUCUCAAGAAACGAGGGGCGUUGGAGGACGAACAUGCUCAGGGGCUGAGGAAGCUGUCCCGCGCUGUCAGCGAGGCGGCGCAGCGCACCGAGAACCGACAGGGUACCUAUAGCUCGAGCUACAGGGACAUCCAUCGUCUCCACGAACGCAUGGCCGACCACGGGCUCCAGUUUUCCGUGUCGCUCCAGCAAAUGGCCGAGGAUCUGCAAGAGCUCGCCACCAACAUCGAGCGCGGUCGCAAGCAAUGGAAACAGACGGGUCUCGCCGCGGAAAAGAAGGUCGUCGAUGCUGAGGCUUUGUCGGAGAAGGCCAAGGCCAAAUAUGAGUCGUUCGCGGAGCAGUACGACCGUGUCCGUACCGGAGACAAGCAGGGCGGCAAGUUCGGGCUCAAGGGCCACAAGUCCGCCGCACAGCAUGAGGAGGAAAUGCUGCGCAAGGUCCAGACGGCCGAUAGUGACUAUGCAUCCAAGGUGCAAGCAGCCCAGACUGCGCGCCAGGAGCUUGUGGCCACCCACCGGCCGCAGGCGGUGCACAACCUCCGGGAGUUGAUUAAAGAGUGCGACGAGGGCUUGACUCUGCAGCAACAGAAGUUUGCUACUUUCAGCGAGAAGCUCCUGUUGGGCCAGGGUCUCUGCGUCAGUCCUCUGAGACCCGAUGGCAACAACGCAGCAUUGGGACCUAAAAGCCUUGCGGAAGUUGUGCGUCAGGUUGACAACCAGAGAGACCUCGAUGACUUUAUCCUGAGCCACGAAGGGAACCCUGGUGCUGUUGCCUCGGAAGAAGUUAAAUAUGAGCGCCACCCAACUCUCGCGGGACCUGCUGCUGCAUCCUCGCAACCAAGCACCCAGACCAAGCACCAGUCUAGUAUGCCCGUGACGCUCGCCCAGCCUAACGUUUCCUCGCCCGCAGGCCCACCGGCUCAGGGCGACCGACUUCCGCAAUCGCCUUACCCACCACAGCCGGAUUCUGUAUCUGACCUCCCCCCCUCAGAGAAGGGCCUUCAAUCAAACCUCCCUCCAUUGAAGCCUGUCUUCGGUGUGUCGCUGAAUGAUUUGUAUGCUCGUGAUGGAACUGCCGUUCCGUUCCUUGUCUACCAGUGUUUCCAGGCCGUCGAGCUGUUUGGUCUGGACUUGGAGGGGAUCUACCGACUUUCGGGCAGCGCCAACCAUAUCAAUCACAUGAAGGCGGUGUUUGAUAACGACUCGUCCCAAGUCGACUUUACCAAUCCGGAGAACUUCUACCACGAUGUCAACAGUGUUGCAGGACUCGUGAAGCAGUUCUUCCGGGACCUGCCCGACCCGCUGUUUACCUCGCAAUAUUACGCCCAGUUUGUUGAUUCUGCCCGCAUCGAUGAUGAUAUCCAGCGCCGAGACUCGCUGCACGCCCUCAUUAACAGUCUGCCGGAUGCUCACUACGCCACUCUCCGCGCUAUUAUCCUGCAUCUCAACAAAAUCCAAGAACACUAUACCCAGAACCGCAUGAACGCAGGCAAUCUGGCUAUUUGCUUUGGACCAACUCUGAUGGGCGCCAACGCGGGCGGCAACAUCGCCGACGCCGGCUGGCAAGUCCGUGUCAUCGAGACGAUCCUGGUCAACACCUUCCAGAUCUUCGACGACGACUAG